CUUCUGCAGAAGCACUCGGUGUGGGAAUUCAGGAACAAACUGGGCAGUCUUGCUGGCUCAUUAGCACCUUGUUGUCUGCAGCAUUCAUUCAGCUACCUGCUGUAGGAUAUCACAUUGUCACAGAUAAAGGAUUUAAUUACUCAACAACAGAUGAUGCCUUUGUAUGCCAGAAGAAGAAUCAUUUCCAAAUCACAGUCCAUAUUAGAAUUACUGGACAUCCAAAAUAUGUCAAAACUCAGCUGGGCGGCAAACCAAUAGAAAAAUUUUACUUGAAAGCUUUUGGAAUAAAGGUGGAAGCUCCAAAUCAAACAAUUGCUAUUGAGCAGUCUCAGUCAGAUCGAAGCAAAAAAACUUUCAAACCCGUUAAAGUUGAUCUGCCAGGGGACCAGAUAACUAAAGUAACACUGGGGAGGUUACAUUUCAGUGAAACAACAGCAAAUAACAUGAGAAAAAAAGGGAAACCCAAUCCUGACCAGAGAUACUUCAUGCUGGUAGUUGGACUCUACGCUUUCUCUCAGGACCAAUUCUACCUACUGUCUGCAAACGUCUCUGAAAAGAUCAUUGUGAGGGCGUCUAACCCAGGGCAGUUUGAGAAUGACAGUGAUGUACUGUGGCAGCGAGGACAUGUUCCAGAGACAAUAGUCUAUCAUGGUCGAGUAGGAAUUAACACAGAUGCACCAGACGAAGCACUGGUUGUCUGCGGAAACGCGAAAGUUAUGGGCAGAGUCAUGCAUCCAUCUGACAGCCGAGCAAAACAGAAUAUCCGGGAGGUUGAUACAAAUGAGCAGUUGAGAAGAAUAACACAAAUGAGGCUGGUGGAGUAUAACUAUAAGCCUGAAUUUGCAUCUGUUAUGGGAAUAAAAAAUAACCACGAAACCGGAAUAAUAGCCCAAGAAGUCAAGGAGCUUUUACCUCAAGCCGUUAGAGAAGUUGGAGAUGUUACUUGUAAUGAUGGGGAAAAAAUAGAAAAUUUCCUCAUGGUUGACAAGGAUCAGAUCUUCAUGGAGAAUGUUGGCGCUGUAAAACAGCUUUGUAAAGUAACCAACAAUCUUGAAGUCAGAAUAGAAGAACUGGAACAGUGGAAUAAGAAAUUGGCUAGGCUGAAACGCAUGAACAGUUUAAAGUCAACAUUCAGUGAAGAGAGCAAAUUCAGGUAUAGUGGAGCUACUAGUCUUCUGCCAUCAAAAAAAUCAGUCCCUCUAAAAUCCGGCAAGGUUUGUUUGUCAAAGACGAAAGUGUCUUGCUCUACGAAGAUUUUCCGGUUGAUUAUAAUAGUUUUGAUUGCUAUUAUGGCACUAUGCAAUACCUCAAGUGCUGUUCUAGUCUCUCCCUCUACCACUACAGCAGCAUUGCAGAUGGAAAGCACAAUUUCUCAGAGCACGCAACUGAUCAGCAGGAUUCCUGAAGUGAAUUUCUGUGACGUUUUGCCUUGUGACAAGGUCUAUUGUUGUCCAAUUCAUCAAUCAAAUGUCAGAUCUUUAAGUUAUGAGAAAAUCGAUUCAAAGGAGAAAGGGAUUGAUACAACAAUCAGUUCCAUACAGAUUUUGGAAACUCAGCAAAGCAUUGACAAUCGCUACUGUAGUGAAAAUCUACAGUGCUGGUCUGGAAAUUAUAGCUAUUUUAUUCCUGUUAACAAACACACACCCAUGGAUGUAGAAAUCUCAUUGGAAAUAAAUACCACAGAACCAUUAAUUAUAUUUCUCUGCAAAGUCACAUUUGGAAAUUAUUGCUCCCAUUAUUCUUCAAGCCAAAGCGAUAGGAAGGAUUUCCUACUAACCACACAGGGACGUCAGCAUAUCUGGGCUCUCCCUGUCGCUAAAUUGUACGACAGCGCGUACCAUUUCCGUGUAGCUGCACCGGGUGUUGCAAGCUGCUCAACAGAUCCUUACUUCGCCGGAAUGUUUUUUACUGAUUACCACUUCUAUUUUUAUCGACAGUGUAACUAG